AACAGCAUUUGCACGCCCCGCACCUCUCCCCAUGUGUGUCGCGUCACGUCAGUCACUUGCCCUGUGCGGCCUUCCUCUCGAGCUGUUUCCUUUGCUGCGCGUCGAGGAUCUUCUUGCGCAUGACGAUCCGCUUGGGCGUCACCUCCACCAUCUCAUCGUCCUGGAUGUAGGACAGCGCCAUCUCAAUGGUGAAGUCUCGCGGCGGAGUCAAGGCAGCAACGAUCUCCUGCACAGACAAAUCAUGCCCCACGCAGACCACCGACACUCUGGUGUGUGUGUCUGGGAAUGGUCUUGGUCCUUUGUCUGCCUGCAGGAGCUCCUGCGUGCAUUCGUACGUACCUUCUGUUUCUCCCUGCCUUUGUAUUUGGGGUGCUCUUUGAUGGCGUUCAUGACCACGUCGUCUGGGUUGUUACUCUCACCCAGGAUCUGACCCAUGUAGAUCUGACACACAAUCACACACACACGCACAUGGGAGGCAGGGGGGACGAGAAACAUGCGCCGCACUCACCGGGACUGCAUCUCUGACGAACAGAGUGCCCUUGGUCUGCAGGUCGACCAGCGCGAAUUCGGUCGUCGUGCCUGCAUGCACAGCACAACGUCAGAGCCAGCACAUCGACACACACACGGUGGCCGAAGGUGUUUGCACAAUAAAUCUCUCGGUGGCCACUGACUGACCUGAUCCAGCGGCGAGGAUGAGCCCAUUGCGGUCGAGCUUGAUCGACGGAGCCUUCGGCCGAUACUCAAGGAAUUCUACACGCACGCAACAAGCACACAAUGAAUGAGUCCGCACAUCUAGAGAUUUUAUACACGUACAGCGACCUGAUGAGACGACGGCCGUCCCCUUGGUGACGUCACGCAGGAACGUCCGGACACCCAGGAAGUUCCUGUGGAACGGACACACAACAGGACACAAAGGAACAACAAGCAAACGAAUGCACUGCACACACCCAACCGACCGACUGAUUGACACGUAGGCACCUCAGUCCCUCACCUGGAUGAGCAGUGGAAUUUUAUCCUUGAGUUGUCGCCGACGUCCCUCAUGUCGACCAGGUCGGCCAUCCUCUGGGACAUCUUCUCAAUGAUGGCGGCCGAGGUGGACAGGGGCGCCUCGAUGGUGAACUCCUCCCAUGGCUCAAACACCCUGCCCUCGUCAUCCGUCUGGUACACCACCGUCGGCUGCGUCACUUGCAUCUACACACACACACACACACACAGAGAGAGAGAGAGAGAGACAGAAUGCAUGUGUGUGUGGGAGGGAGGGGGGUGGCUGAGGCCACUGACCUCGAAUCCUUCCCUCCUCAUGGUUUCGAGAAGGAUGCCGAGCUGCAGCUCGCCGCGGCCCUUGAGGUUCACCCCGCCGGCCACCUCAGCCACAUCGAUGGCCACGUUGACCAACGCCUCCUUCCUCAACCGCUGAGCUAUCGACUGCAGCGUGUUCUGAAGAAAAGAAGAAAUGCAUGAUGAGUGGGUGCACAGCGUGUGUGGAUGGAUGUAUGUGUGCAUUCAUUGUGUGCAUGUGAAAUAUGUCUUACGAAGGUGCCGUCUUGUCCUGCCAGGGGCGAGGUAUUGGGGCUGACCUCCACACAGAUGACUGGAGGGUCGAUCAACCUGCAGGCAAUGCAUUCACACAGACACAGACAGACAGGCCACAGAAACACGCAUGAGUGAAUUAAUCAAUGAACACGUCCGUGCCGUGUGUGGCGUCCUCUCUCUCCGCUGACCUUGCCGGAAUGACGUCGAAUUGUUCUUGUGUGGAUAUGCAGUCGGUGGCCUUGGGCACCGCACCCAGCACAGAUAUCGACACAAUGUCCCCCGCGCCAGCCACGUCCGUCUUCUCCCGGGUCGUCCCGCGCACAAUCGACAGAUCGCGAAGCUUGGACUUGCCCGACAGCUGACCAAGCAAACCAUAACACCUGUUCAAUGCUGAACAAACCGAUAUGAUGCCCCACAUCGCUUCUCACCUUGUCUUCCUGUGUGCGAUAAUAGAGGUCGUUCUUGGCGUUGAUGAAAAUGCCGCUGUACACCUUGCCCGUCGCCGUUGGCCCGAACCCCUCUGCCUGCUCGAUGAGCGACACCAGCUGCCUCGGGGGGUCGUUGUGCAGCUUCUGCGCCUCUGCGUUGGUGAGGGGGGGCGGGACGGUGCUGACGAUGGCCUCGAACAGCGGCAGCACGCCCUGGGGAUGCUCCUCAUUCUUGAUGCUAUCCCACUCAGUCUCGACCCAGCCUGCACGUGCAUGUGUGUGCCUCAUACGAGGUGCGUGUGUGGCGUGGGUGUUAGUUAAUGUAGCUACCAUUCUUGGCUGACGCGUAAAGGACGGGAUAUUCCAUCUGGUGGUCGUUGGCCUCGAGGCUCAUGAAGAGAUCGAAGAUCUCGUUCUCGAUCUCGCCGGGCGGACGCUCACCUGCACGUCGAGAGCAGGAAGACCACACACAAAUGGACGCGGCGCGAUGGUGAGUUGCCGAUGCUCACUCACAUGGCCUGUCAACUUUGUUGAUAACGACAAUCGGCUUCAGCUCGGGAUUCUGACCGAAGACACACAGCCCAUCCAUCCAUGGCACGUCUGCGCGCCUAUCUGUGCGUACCAGUAAUGCCUUUGAGAGCACAAAUUUCGUUUGUGUGCGGGGUCCCUCCACGAUGUCCACCACGAGGCACACGCCGUCGACCAUCGACAAGAUCCGCUCAACCUCUCCUCCGAAAUCAGCAUGGCCAGGGGUGUCCACUAUCUGCAACAAACACCAGCACCAACUCCCUCCCUCCCUCCCUCCCUCCCUCUCUGACGCACCCAGGCUUACAUUGAGGAUUUUGUCCUUCCACGUGAGUCGUGUGCAUUUCGACAGGAUGGUGAUGCCCCUCUCCCUCUCGAGGUCGUUCUUGUCGAGCAGCCUCUCCUGGUCCACACUCAGCCCCGACUGCCGCAGCAGCUGGUCGACCAGCGUCGUCUUGCCGUGGUCGACGUGCGCUAUCACCGCCACGUUGCGCACCCUCUCGAUCUCCACUGGCACCGGCCGUGGGCCUCUGCGACCUGCAUACAGUGAGUGAGUGAGAUGCAAAGAGAGAUCUCAUCAGCUUGGUGCAUGAAUUGAAUGGAUGUCUGUUUGCUGACUGACCUGCUGACAGGGCGAGUGACCGUCGCUGCGUGAUGAAAGGCGGGAAGGGGCGAGGGAGAGGAGAGCUGCUGCAGAGAGCGGCAGCUCGUCUUGACAGUGACCCUAGAUUGGAGGGCGAACAGGGCAUCUUCAGAUCUGGCGCGGGUGGGACUGGCGCACCCACCCUUCUUUCC